AUGAGGGAUUAUCAGAUGAACAUGCUAACGGCAUUAGUGUUGAAUAAGAAAUACAACUUCUCACAUAUAGUUUUUCAUUAUAUGGUGGAAAAUCUCUCGUCGGAUGUUAGAGUCUGGAGAUAUCCACGUUUUGUUCAAAUGAUGAUUGAUCGUGCAUACCCUGGAAUUGAUAGAAACAUUAAGGAUGAUCUUCUUGUUCAAGCUCACAUGUCAAAUAUCUCGUUAAAGAAUCUUGUCAAGUAUCAUCCUCAUCAUCCAGAGCCGGAGUUAGUGAUUGAAAACUUCGGAUUACUUAGAGAUGCAAAUUAUGUGGAUCCUGAUCCAGAAAAUCAUCAGAAUUGGAGAAAUCAAGAAGAAAUGAAAGAAGCAUUGUAUGCUGUAGAAUUGAAAAUAAUUCAGGGUUUCAAACCAACAAAGAAUGAGUGGUAUGUGAAGGAGUCUGGACGCAGACGUAGACUUGCAACUCCUGUAGCUGAAGGUGAAGAUGAGUCUGAAGAAGAAGUUCCUGAGGUGAACAUUGAAAAGGAACAAGAGGCGGCUAGUGUAGCACAUAUUGAAAUCAAUAUAGAUUUGUUUACAUCUGAUGCGUAUUUUGUUGAUAUUGUUGAUAUUCAACAGGAAAGAGAGAAAGUGGUAGAAGAUGUUGAAGGUGAUGAUGUUGAUAAAGACACUACUAGUUCUUCUAGUGGGUCUGUUUUUGAAGUAGUUGAUGCAAAAGAACGUGAAAGGCGAAUGAGAGAAGAGGUAGAAAAGGAGAAGUUACUUAGAAAGAGGAAGAGAGAAGAGAAAGAAGAUGCACCUUAUGAACCUUCUCCUGAGCAUGUUUCAGCAUCACAAUCUACUCCUAAGGGUAAAAAGAAAGCUGGUGGUCGAAAGAAGGCUACUCCAAAGAUUAAAGUGUCAAAGCGCCCUCAGAAGAUUAUGCAAACACAAUCUACACCUCCACGUCAUCAAACACCUCCACAUCUUUUUGGCACACCUCCAAUCGCUCAAGCACAACCUGGUUCUUCAAGUAGAGGCCUUGCGAUACCGCAUGAUAAUCUGCUAGAUGUUGAUUUCGAUUUUGCAAACAAUUCUCAACUAUUGAAGUUGGAAAAGAGAAUUGAUGAGGUGAUAGCAGAAAAUAAAAAGUUGGCGAGUGAAUGUAAAAAGAUUGCUGAAAGAGAAAAGUCUCUUGCUGGUAAAGUGCAGAGGUUAGAAGGCGAAAACAAAGUAUUGGCACUGAAAAUUAAAGUUGAUCAGACGGAAAUUGAUGUUUUGAAAGUUCGAGUGUCUGAAUUAGAAGAGGAGAAGAAUCGUCGAGAAAGUGAAAACGAGUACUAUAAGUUGAAGAAUAAAGAGCUUAUGGCUGCUAAAGCAUUGCAUGAACACAAGUUCUACAUGCUGAAUAGAGUUGUAGAAAGCAUGUUAGAAACAACAGUGGAUCAAAAGUAUGAAGAGUUGAAGUUAGAGGAUCUUCGUGCAGAACGUAAAGCAGAAGUAGAAAGGCAAAUGAAAGAUAAAGGUAAAGGUGUUGAAGGAAGUUCUGUAAUGUCUAUUGUACCUUCGAUGGUGAUAGAUAAUCCAGUGCCUAUAUCUUCAGUUCCUGGUAUAGUCGAAGAAGAAAUUCCAUCGCCAAAGUUAAUUGGUGGCGAAGAAGAAGAGGAUGAUGAAGAUGAUGAUGAGGAAGAGUUUGUUUAUUCUGCAAGCAGUCAUAGUUCGAAAGUUAAUGAAGAAAGUGGUGAAGCUGAGAGAAAGGGGGAGUCGAGUAAGACUCAGAUUGUAGAACAUCAUGAACCGUUGUUCUUAUGUCUAGAUGUGUAUAGGGAGAUGUUAAACGAUGUAAAUCCCGAGAAUCCAAUUGAUCUUGAAGCUGAUCUGGAAUCUUUUGAUAUCAAUAAACAGAAAGAUUACAAGUAUAACUAUGUUGAGGAUGCAGAUCAGUAUGAUAGGGUUGAAGUAGAGGAUGGUUCGGAUAAUGAAGAUGUUCCUGAAGACACAUCAAAAUUUCCAACGUUAAUGGAGUUCUUCGCAGCAGAAAACAGAGAAGAGUUGCGACAAAAGGUGACUGAAGCUGUGAAUGAAAAGAUGUUUGAAAACUUGAAGAAAGAUACUGAAAAAGAAAGUCAAUCAAAUGUUGAAAAAGAAGAUCAUUCAAAAUGGUUUAAAGACAGUCAUGAGAGAAAGUUCAAAAGGCCUUUGAAGUUUUUUCAAUGUGAUAGAUCUAUUUCUCUUGGUGACAUUAUAAGUUGGGGUUUUCUUCCACAAGUAAACGCUUAUGCUAUUCGUAGGGAGUAUGGUGUACAAUACUUUAAACGUUUAUAUGACAUUAUGUAA